UAAGAAAUUUUUAAAGGAAAUUCGAAAAAGUAAUAGCAAUGCAUCGUUAUAAAAUGUGACGAGAAAUCCGUUUGUCUUCAUUUUACAUUAGGGCAGGAUAUAGCGCGCCGCUAGGCAUAGAGAAUUAUCAUUCAUAUUAGAAGCGCUUGUUUGACAAGUGCCCUGCCUUCUAUAUAACUUGACUACCGGUGACAGCCGAAUAUAUUCUUGUGUUUUUCCUUCUCGACGUCCAAAGGGAAAGGUGGGCAGUGUGGAUCUAAGAUUUUAUAUAUAGAUAUAUAGCUUAGGUCCUUUUCUCAUAUUCCCUUCACUCUGGUUUUCUUCGUCGACUCUGGAAUAAAACAAGGAGCUACAUCAAGCCCAUUAUCACAGUGUAGUGCGAAUAUUGUGACAAAAUAUCUUCGAACUCAAAAUUUUGAAUUAUCAGAGAAAAAUUCUUGUCUCUGAUAAUGAGGACUCUGCUGUUCUUCGUCGCUCUUUGUGGGACAUUAUCUGUUGUGGAGCUUAUAAGUCCCUGUGUGAAGUGUCAGAAUGACCAGUCAUGUAAACCCCCUAACUGUUUCUGUUGCCGGGAUGAACUUAAUCUACCGAUUCCUUUAACAGAAACCCCUCAAAUAGUCUUUUUCACGUUUGACGAUGCAUUGACUGAUGCUGCAUCCAAGUUUUACCGGAAACUUUUCAACGAGACUCGAAUGAACCCGAAUGGAUGUCCUAUAUCUAUGACCUUGUUUAUAUCACACCAAGACACCAUCUAUCGGAACGUUAACGACUUCUAUAAGAGAGGUAUGGAAAUUGCAUCUCACAGCGUAACACAUAGCCAUAUGUCAACCUCAAACUUCAUGGAGGAGGCAAAGAAACAAAAGAGGAACCUCGCUAAAUUAGGUGGUAUACCCGAAAACGAGAUAGUUGGGUGGAGAAGUCCGUUUUUGGAGCCCAUUGGCGACAUGCAGCCCGAUAAACUCAAAGAACUUGGGUACGUGUAUGAUGCCACAUUAACAUACAGCAAAAGAAAAUUGUCUGAUAAAGCUCCCACACCAUUCACGCUUGAUUUCGGCUGGCCUUAUGAUUGCAAAGUCAAACCCUGUCCUAAGAGACACCAUGCUGGAUUCUGGGAGGUACCCGUCGUUUCUCUGAUGGACUACAAGCACAAAUACGACUGUGUUUACGUGGACGGUUGUAAUAAUCCACCACCCAAUGAAGCUUCCGCCUACCAGUUCCUAAUGGACAACUUCAACAGCUACUAUACUACCUCACGUGUUCCAUUUGGUAUCAAUAUGCAUUCAUCUUGGUUUUACAUUGCAGACAGGCUGAAUGCCAUGGACCGAUUCAUCAAUACUUUACUCAAAAUGGACGAUGUGUAUAUUGUAUCUGUAGACAAAACAAUCAAAUGGCUUCAAAACCCAACCCCGCUUGGAGAGCUCCAUGCUUUUGAACCAUGGAAAUGCGAUCACUUGAAAGCCAGACAAGAGUCAGACAAAGCAACGUCAAACAACAGACAAGGAAUGGGACUCUCUCAUGCAGAACUUCAGCAGAUGUAUAUUCAGCAACGACUUCGACAAAUUGCAGAAAUGCGCAAAGAAAUUGAAUUGAGGAAACAACGAGAAUUACAGUUAUUGCAACAGACCUCUAAUUUUGUAAACAGACCAUGGUGGUCUCCCCCUAGAAGACCACAAAGCAACAGUAACAUUCACCGAAGUCCUUUUACACAAGAAAUCCCAAACGCACACGUCCUUGAAAACACAUUGGAAGAAACAGUUCAGGAACCAGUUAAAACAGAUAAGGCUUUGGCAACAAAGUCAGCUGGGAUCUAGACGAAUACCUGAAGCAGCUCUUCGAAGUAAUUCACCUUGGUGGAACAAACCUAUACCAUAUGUGCAUGACUUUAAAUAUAAAGUUGCUUAUUCUGAAUCAACAAAGCCUCCUUCAACAGAAUUAACAUCACCAAUGCCAACAACCACG